UUACCAUUCUUAGGAUUUAAUAUCCUUCUAUGCCCUGGGCUAUACUGACCCAACAGAAGUGAGUAAGGACUGGAGUGGAGUGCGUGAGCUUGCCGCACAUUACGUACAACUGAUCAGCGCGGAGCAGCGCCAUGGACCGUACUUUCUUGGCGGAUAUUCCUACGGAGGGCUUGUUGCCUACGAAAUGGCGUCCUUGUUGAGAGAGCAGAACCAGAGGGUGGAGUUUGUGGCUAUGAUUGACACAUUUCCUUGGUAUCCGCGCUCGCGGACUGUCAGCAAUAGACUUGUUUCCAUGGUUGCCGAUGAACAGUUUCAACUUGGACAGGUUCAGCUUGCUUUUGAGAACUUUCUGGCAAAACUGGCUGUAGAUUCUCUAAAGAUGGAAGCUGAAGAAUUCAAAACCUUGAGGAAGAAGCACACUCAAGACUGGGUCAUAGAUGAACUGCAGAGAAGGAGCUUUGAGAAGGGUCUCGCUAACUACAACUUGAGGGCACUCAGGAGGGCUCUUCUAACAAACCACAAAGUUUCUUUUAGAACAUUCAAAGAAUGGCAGCCUGCUGAGGUCCGCUAUCGUGGACAUCUCACCUAUGUCAAAGCCCAAUGCGACUGCUUCUCGGGUGGAGUUUCUGCAGUAUAUCGCGUUGAGGAAUUAUGGGGCCAGCUGGUAGAUGGAGGCACAACCAAGCUCGUUUGUCCUGGUGAUCAUUUCUCUUUGAGCGAGUUACCCAAUGCGCGAGUGACAGGUGGUAUCCUAGCAACAGCCCUCGCAUUCAACUACCGGAUGUUGUUCCCCGAAUUCUCCAGACCUACAAGAACAUUCCAUCAAAGACGAGCCGUGGAAAAGUUUUGCAGCGGAGUAAAAGUGUUCCUUCACUCAAAGAAAGGCAACAAAUAUCCACACUUUGGAGAACUUUUCUUCACCGAGGAUGCUCACAAACUUGAGUUGAGGUCAAGAAUCGAGGAAGGAGCAACGGACGAAAGCGAGAAAACCAAAAAGAUAAUUGACCUGGAAGGCCUCCGCAUGGUGCAGCCAGGACGACUGGUCUCCAGUGCCCAGAAGCAUGCCUGGCGCAAGCGAAGAGUUGGAGCUCAUCAAAGUGGGAACCUGGGACAAGUUGCGUCCGUCAUAACAGGCCGACGAGUUUACAACUUGGAAUUCACUGAUUAUUCCGAUCUAAAAGCAUUUUACAACAUGAUAGAAGCUGUAUUUGCAGUGACUUUGUUAACCAGUUAGAACUAUAGUAGCAUAAACACACAUUCCAUAAGGUAAUUUUCAACAAAAGUGGCUAUUUGCAGCUUGCAGGUCCUUGCUGUCAAACAAAAAUUGCCUCUCUUUACAAAUUUUUAUUUAACAUCAGAAUUUUCUUCAAAAAUUAGCUAUUAGUGCCGCAAUUUUUGUUCUUUUUUUCCUUGAUUAGCCGCAAUUUUGGCGGUCCUUGUUGGUCAAUUAAAAAUGGAGCUAUUGUCCCCUUGCUUCUCAAAUAUUUAGCAAUUCUACAGCUGAGAUCAGCAAGAAGAAUGUUUUAACGAGUAUCCAAUUUAUUUACAACACAAGUGAAGGACGUAGUAGCAACUUGCAUGUUCUCGUUGUUAAAUCAAAAAGUAAGGCUAUGUUCACACUUGGUGUCUAAGAAGGGUGCCCGAGUACAAUUCUCGCUGAACGCUGAUGUGAACACACCUUUUUUUUUAAGGGCAUGUUUAUACCACAAUUCGUGCACAAUGCAUGUACCCGGGUACAAAGUUUCGACCUUGUGCUCGGGCACUAGAUAGUACUUGGGUCUUUAGAGUACCCAGGGUCUGGAUGCAACACUAUUUUGGGACGGUGUCAAGGCACCAAGUGUGAACACAACCUAAGUCAUUUUUCCCACUCUUUCCGUACGUGACCGUUGACCAUUUCAGUAUUGCAAGAAGUUGGGAAGUAGCUUGGCCUUUUAUAUUUAAUUUUUUUGUCAAGAAUAAUUCGUGUGAUAAGAAUCGUUUUUUAUUGCUUAAAAUUUUUAUUGUCUUAGAAAAAAGAUUUAGAGAGAACUAAAUGAGCUGAAUUUUUCCAACUCUUUCUGCAACUGACCGUUGGCCAUUUCAUUAAUGUAAGAAGUUGGGAAGAAACAUAUUAUAGCUUUUUGUAUUUAUCUUUUUUAUUAUAAAUAACUCGUGUGACAAUAAAUACUUUUUAUUGUUUGACAUUGUAAUUCCUGCUUUAAGAAAAGUUCAUGGUGAGCUGAAUAAUUUGAUUUUUUUAAGCAUUAAAGCAUUAACAAGAAACCGAUGGUAACUAAGUAAGGUUAGAUUUCUAUAAACAAAGCUCUUCUACUUAGGAAUAAAGAAACCAAAAAUGUAGGCACAAUUGUAGCUUUUCAAGUAGCUAUCUGAUAUCAUGACUAACUUGACUUAAGAAUGCCUUGUCCGGCUGAGCCUUAAGGGGAAGAUGGACCGGUAUCUGAUAUCACAGAUCAGUAUUUUACAAUUGUUAACAUCAGUUGUACUAGUUUGUCUCGUGUUCGGCUAAUCCAUUCCUAAACUAUGCAGUCACGAAGUUAACAAUUAGUUUAAGAGAUUGAUCCGUCCGUGUGCCGUCUUUGUAAAUUUUCUUUAUCGAUGAAAAAACCUUGCCAUUUUUUAGAGCGGCUAUAAAAUUUUUGUGAGACUUUAAUUUAUAGAGUAGAUUUGUUUAAUAAAAGCAUUUUUGUGAAACUUGA